AUGCUACCUGACUUCUUGCAGAGCAGUUACGCCCGCUAUAAAGCGGACACCAACACAUUUGCAACAUGGCUACUGGAGACAGCUAAUCGAUGCGGCUAUCAACCGCCUACCCUCUCUGCUACCCUCCCCACCGCGACGAAAAGAGACAAACGCAAAGGCAAGAAGGGCGACUCUGACGCAGAGCCCGUUCAGUAUAGUGCCACCACUAAAGAUCUGCAAAAGUUCGCCGAGGUCGUGGCCGUUUCGGCUCUCCCAGUACCCAAGUCGGUCCUCGCCCUUGCGAAGCGCGCCAUCAAGCUGAGAAAAGCGGUCACAUCCUGGUUUUUGGGCCAGGGUGACUCUGCGACCAACAAGCGUCAUGCCCAUUUCAUCACGGCGCUGGAGCAGAUCUGCGAGACUCUGGAGUGGAAGACCAACCAGUCCUCAACGAAGCCGGACGCUAAGCAGCCUCAAGCCGAUGACGUCGAUGCCGACCAAUUUCUAAACAGAUUUGCGGUCCUCACGGUGGAGGAGCCCAAGGACACGGCGCCGUCGCAACCGAAGCCCACAGUGUCUAAGAAGCUCGUCAAGGUUACCGUCAAUGAAGAAGAGGACGAGGACGAGGACGCAGCGGACUCGUACCUGGGCCAGCUGUUCUUCAAGACCCUUUGCUUGCUGCAGGAUCUGGACAACAUGCGCAAGUUCAUUUCCAUCACCUGGGCGGAGUAUCACGAGAAGAAGAUCGACCUCAUGAAUGCCGCUGUCGAGGUGGAGGCGGACUGGCGCACCUCUCUGUCCGGGCGGAAGGGGGAUGUCCAGACUGUGGUCUACAAUCUUGCUGCUCUCUCGCGCGGCAUCUUUGCACCGCCGUCCAUGGAGGUUGGCCUGCCCUACAACGAGAACCUGGCGAAUACCGCUGAGUGGUGCUAUUUGCCAACAAAGAUCCUGCUUGAGUCUUUCUCAAACGUGCUUCAGGCGAAUCACCAGCCAGUCUUCAGAAUGGGCCACUUCGGCAUUUAUGAUCCGAAAGCGGACAGAGGGCGGAUGUCUCUGGGCCAAAAGUUCAACGAAGACAAGAUCAUCCUUCUCUCGAUAUUGCCAGAGUUUUGCAUGUUCAAUACGUUCGGCAUCCACUUGCCUGCGGAGGAUUCAAUCACUCGGGGCCUGGUUGAGUUCGCUAAGACCAAGAAGGUGAGUCUGUGGCUCUGUUUCGCCGCCCAGGUCUUCCUCGACGUUCACCAUGCAAUGCGACACAGCACUCUGGGCGCAUUUGGAGAUCUCCGCAUGUCCGGACUUCGCAUCCAGAAGACCAUCGAUGAUUACCUGCAACUAUCUAAGACGCACCCUCAGCCCAAGUUCUGGCCUAAGGAGGGUGAUGAGGAGAUUCGGAGCAUCAGUUCAACCGUGGACGCAUGGAUCAAAGGAGAUGUGUUCUUCAAUGUUCGAGCCUUGUCUAAACUGGACAGGGUUGGCACUCCGCCCGAGAAGCAUGCGCUCUUCUCGCAGCACGCUCUCCUCUGCGGCUUGGUCCUGUUCCACCUCAAUAUUCGAAUGCAGCGUGUGGGCCAGGAGCUUGUCACCCGGUGGUACGACGUUCAACAGCUGGCCUUCUUGCACAACCUUGUCAUAAAUGGUGCCAUGCAUAAAGACCUGAGGUGGCCCGACAUGGAUGCAUUUGUCAAGAUCCAUGGCGAGUCUCAUAUUUUCGUGGGUGCACGGCCCAAGAACGCCAGCGAAUCUCUGAAUAGGCUUGAGCUGGCCACCGGCAUCUCGUCCGCAACCCAUUUCGCCCGCAAUUCGCGGGGCAGCGGACCAUUCCAUAAGCCCGAUGGCAAGAACGCUCGCAUGCUCAAGCCCACCACUACCGUCGCGAACUUGUUUUUUACUCAGUAUGUUAGUGGUGGUGGUCCUGGCGAGGAUGUCGGGAUCGUGCACAUCGACAGCAUCCUGGACGAGCUUGCCCAAAAGUCGAAGCUUGAAUCGUCCUCCAGCAAGAAGGAGCUCCAGCAGCGAGCCAACCCGGAAUUGAUGCUCACCCGACAGUGGUCGAAUUCCCACAUCAUCGACACCCUGCAGCUGCUCGCCUUCCUGAAGACCAAACUCUUCGAAGAGGAGACGAUGAUCCUGUACAACUACUUCGGCAUGCACAAACGCUCCCUCGAGCUCCUGCGCCUGAUCCGCAGCAAGGAGCACCACAAGUUCGUCCAGUACUUCACCGAAGGAUACAUGCCCGACGAGUCCUUCAUCUCCAACAUCGUCCUCCUCAUCCAUCACGUUGCGUGCGGCUCGGCCCAGUCGGCGCGUGCCAUGGGACUGAGAUCCGGCGACGGGCAGGAGCUGAAUGGGGAUGUGGCCUGCAAGGAGCUGCGGGUGUUCUGCAAGAACAAGAAGCCCAUCCAGGAUGAUUCGGCAUACGAUGCGGGCGAUUCGGACGCGCUGAUAGGUUACUGGUUCAGCCUGGAGGAUGUGCUGGGCCCCAAGGGGAUGGCCUCGCUGAUGACGGGGAUUCCGGUGGCCUAG